AAAGUGUGUUCGAGAUGUGGGAAAUCAGUUAUAAAUUUAUCUCGUCAUCAGAAGGAUGUACAUAAAGUGAAUAAGAUUUUUCGUCAGGUAGAUGUAUAUAUAAAUGGAAACAAGAAAGCGCCUAAUAGGAAGAUAAAGUUUUGUCCGUUAUCUCCAUGCAAGCAUUCAAAGAAAGGUGUCUUUCAACUUCAUCAUCAUUUACAGUCAAAUAUCCACAAGCUUAAUCCCAACUCAAACCAAUACUUAGAUGCGCUUAAAUCUGCUCCGAGAAUUGGGCUUCAAGAGCUACGAGAUCACAUUGCCAAGAGAAAGAAAUCCAAAGCAAAGAGCGCCACAACUAAAGAUGGUCCUAAAAAAGAGAAAAAUCGAAUCAAAAUCACCUGUACGUGGAAAGGCCGCAAAAGGGUGAAAUUUUACAAGGGUGACAAGGAAAAUGAGUAUAGUUUGGUGAAUAGAAUCGAAGCUGAGGAAGAAAUUGAAAAUGACUCGGAUGAUCAAUUAUUAGAAAAUCCUGAAGGAGAAGCAACUAUCAGCAGAAACGUGAGUAACCCUGGGCACCUCGCACCGACCUCCUCCAAUAGUAAUGCAGAGGAGCGCAAACUACAUAAUGAAGAAAGUUGUGAAUCAAAGGUAAGAGAGACGUACAAUGAUGAUGACAGCAAAUUAGAGUAUGAUCAGCAAGUUGAUAAAGUGGAACACAAGCUACAUAAUGAAGAAAGUGGAGAUUCAGGCAAUGAUCAUGACAGUAAUUUGGAGUAUGAAAAGUAAUGGAUCAAAUGGAAUCAAAGGUAGGUGAUACACAUGAUGACCAUGACAGCGAUUUGGAGUAUGAUCAACUUGUGGAUAACGUGUGGAAAAGAAAUGAAGAGUGCAAGAAGCGAAGCUUUAAACAGUUAGUGUCUAUGAUGUCCUCCCAGUGUGAAAGCGAUGCCGAGCUAUCUGAAGAGUUAAACAACCGCAAAAAUGCUGACCAAGUAAUCCAACCACCUCAACCACCAGUGACGGCUGGUAAUACCAAAUCUAGUGAAAUAGUUAUAUGCGACAGUGAAGAAGAGGAAAUUUUAGACCCAAACUAUCACCCUUCCCUGGACUCCGAAUCAGAGUGUAGCACUGGAAGCUUGUCAGAUAACUGCUCGUUGCAAGAAAGGGAUGACAUUUUAACUGAUUUCGUGGAAAACGUAGAUAAUCUCGAUUUUCUUCGUGUGGAACCAGAAUGGAAGAGCGUGGUUGAUGUUGUUUUUGAAAGAAAAAAGAACGCUGGUAAUACUGACUCCCAAAGCAAUCUUUCACAAGGUAAAGUGCCUAAGGAAGUUAUGAAUGAUGAUGAAUCAUCAGUAUACGAUAGCGAUGAUGAUGAUAAUGACGACUGUCUUGAAGAGAUGGAAGAUGAUGUCAGUUUUGAAGACAAUGAUAGUAGUGAUGACAGCCCACUGCUUAACGAGUUUCAUUCCUGGUUGAUAGACGUAGACGGGGGUUAUCGCUGCGCAAAAGUGGCUGGUCAGUACAAGUCACAGGUAAAACGCAUCAUGAAAGUUCUUUCAGAAGAUUUCCCUCAAGCAGCAAAUGAAAUAGAUCUUGUUACUGUCGAGGGGCAUGACGGAGUGGUAAUGUUGAGGAAGUGGUUGGGUCAACUAUCUGAGGAGUAUCAACCUGGAACCAUUAGAUCAUACCUAAUGAGCCUUAGGCUAUUCCUUAAAUUCCUUGUGCAAGAAGAGAAAGGGCAAGAUAGAUUAGACACACUUCAUGCAAGGAGAGAUCUUUUAACUUCGUGGUCAUCUGCUCAAAGAAAGAAGGUGCUGAAAAGGAAAUUAGAGAAACAUGACAUGGACUUUGCAAAACUCCUUUCUAGCGAAGAUCUAUAUAAAGUGUCAAAUGGACAACAGCGAAUAAACAUAAUUAAAGCGCUUGGAACAGCUGCGGAGAAAAGCAAAGCUUGUGGAGAACCUGUGCUGGUCAACGAUCAGACCUUUUUGCGAAGUAAGGGAUUGGCUGAUUACAAGAUUAAUAAUUGA